GCGAGCCAUGGCGGAGGCGGUGCCGGCCUCCCCUGCGGGCGUCCGCGGCCUGCACCGGGGAAUCAUCCAGUGGCUGGUUGACAAUUUCUGCAUCUGCGAAGGGUUCAGCGUGCCCCGAUGUCUCAUGUAUGAGAUUUAUGUCGAGACCUGUGGGCAGGGCGCUCAGAACCAAGUCAACCCGGCGACAUUUGGGAAGCUCGUGCGCUUGGUUUUCCCUGAUCUGGGCACCCGGAGGCUGGGCACACGAGGAAGUGCCAGGUAUCAUUAUGAUGGGAUCUAUAUCAAGAAGAGUUCCUUCUUCUACGCUCAUUACUGCUACCUGCUGGGUAAAAAGAGCUGUCACAGUGGCGAUCUUGUUGCCUUUGGAAAACCUCCUGAUUACAGCAGCGUUCUCCAGCAGGAAGAAACAUGUGAAAAUCGCUCACCCAUAAAGACGGACCCGAUGGGCUCCCCUGUGUCUCCGUUCAGAAGAUGUCCAUUCUGGGAACAGGAACUGGCGAACAAGUACUCCUGUGAGCUGGUGGUCUUUCUUGCGGAUGAAUACUGCAACUACUGUCGAGACAUUCUACAGAACGUGAGGAACCAAGAACUGGAGAAGGUGGAGGAUUUAAUCACAUCCUUCUGGAAAUCUCUGCAGCAGGACACAGUCAUGCUCAUGUCUCUACCUGACGUGCGCCAGCUCUUUGGAUGCUAUGACAUGCAGCUGUAUAAGGGCCUGGAGGACACGCUGCUCCCCGACUUCCUACAGGACGUCAGCAUCCAGUACCUGAAGUCUGUCCGGCUGUUCAGUAAGAGAUUUAAGCUGUGGCUUCUCGGCGCUCUGGAGGGUUUUCCAGCCAUCUUACAGAUCUCCAAACUCAAAGAAGUCACUGGAUUUGUCAAAAGACUCAGGAGAAAGACCUACCUUUCCAACAUGGCGAAGACAAUGAAAAUGGUCCUGAAAAACAGCAGGAGAGUUGGCCUCUUGAAGUCAGACCUCCGUGCCAUCAUCAGAGAAGGCACUCUGGAUAUUUCGAAGAAGGUCCUGGAAGGUGACUCGGGCCAUGAAGAGGAUCCAGAGAGCCACACAGAGAUGAAAUGCUUGGGCUGUUUAAUUUCUUUGCUGGAAACCUCAACAGAUCUUGCUGAACUCCUAAACUGUGUGUCUUCAAACCUCCAAGUGCUUGUCUUCCAGCCAAGCAAAAGCAAAGAGGAGUUUAUCAAGCUCGCUGCCAGCUUCCAGCUGAAAUGGAACUUUCUCCUCACAGCCGUGAGCAAAGCCAUGACCCUGAGCCACAGGGACAGUUUUGGCGCCUGGCAUCUGUUUCAUCUGCUGCUGUUGGAAUAUGUGAUUCACAUCCUAGAGUCAUGCAUGGAGGAGGAGGAGGAAGAGGAGGACCUGGGGAGCCUCCAGGACCUGCUGUCAGAUGACCAGUUCCUCACCCAGCCGGACCAGGCCCUUUUCCACCCUCUGGAUUCUUUGCCAACAUCGGAAUGUGCAAGCCGGAAUGUGGAGUCACCUCAGGUGACACUGAAACACAUGAGCCAGAGCUGUGGUCCCAUGGGCGUGAGCAGCAUGGUCCUGCAGGUGCUGGGCUUCCUGGUGGACACCACCACAGGCAAUAAGCUCAUCCAGGUAUUGCUAGAAGACAAGGCCACCGAAAGCGCCGUGAAGCUCAGCCUUCCCGUGGGACAGGAGGCCCUCAUAACUCUAAGCAAUGGACAGAGAUUUGUGAUUCACAUAUCAGAUGUGCCCCAAAGCUCGGAAAACACUUACUGCAGGAAAAGCAACUCGAACAUGCAAGGCAACGGUUUGCUGGAGUAGGAUGUGAGGAAGCAGGCCUGAAUCCUUAAGACGUAUUAAAUCCUAAAGCUUUUAUAUUGAUCUCUGAGAUUUUAAUGUAUAUAAUAGGUGAAGCAUUUUAUGUUUGUAUGUAUUUUGAGGAAUUGUAUUUGAUCAAACUAUAAACUA